AUGAAAACCGCCAUCUUCUCGAGCCGAGCAGCAGAAGAAGACAUGGCUGACUACAGCAACGUGGCUCCCCCGUCCUCUAACUCCGGUGGCGGGAUGAACGACGCUUUUAAAGAUGCUCUGCAGCGAGCACGACAGAUUGCAGCGAAGAUCGGAGGCGAUGGCGUCGCGGCUCCACCAUCAAAUGAGUUCGGCUACGGAGGCCAGAAAAGGCCCCUGGAGGACGCUGGUGGGUAUUUUCCCAUGCCUAACCUGAAUAUCGACCAGCCAGAGACGAAGAAAGUGGCUACAAGUGAUGCCUUUUCAGGAAUGGGAGGAAUGGGUGGUGCCCCAAGAUCAUUGUCAGAAGAGUUCAAGGUCCCAGAUGGAAUGGUCGGCUUCAUCAUUGGAAGAGGGGGCGAACAAAUAUCACGUCUGCAGCAGGAAUCUGGCUGUAAAAUACAGAUUGCCCCUGACAGCGGUGGUAUGCCAGACAGGUCGGUGACGUUAACGGGACCACCAGAAGCAAUCCAGGGUGCAAAGAGACUUCUAACAGAGAUUGUCGAGAAGGGACGUCCAGCUCCAGCGUUCCAUCACAACGACGGUCCGGGAAUGACUGUUCAGGAGAUCAUGGUCCCUGCCUCUAAAGCCGGACUUGUCAUUGGAAAGGGUGGAGAAACCAUCAAAAGCCUUCAGGAACGAGCCGGGGUGAAGAUGGUCAUGAUCCAAGAUGGGCCACAAAACACAGGCGCAGAUAAGCCACUUCGAAUUUCAGGAGAGCCCUUUAAAGUUCAGCAAGCCAAAGAGAUGGUCAUGGAACUGAUCCGAGACCAGGGCUUCAGGGAGCAGAGGGGCGAGUAUGGUUCGAGAAUUGGAGGAGGUGGCGGUGGAGGAGGCGGCGGCGGCAGCAGUAAUGGAGGAGGAGAUAGCUUGGAUGUCCCCGUCCCCCGGUUUGCGGUGGGUAUCGUCAUUGGCAGAAACGGAGAGAUGAUCAAGAAGAUACAGAAUGACACGGGCGUCCGGAUUCAGUUUAAACCAGAUGACGGCAGCACACCAGACAGAAUAGCACAGAUCAUGGGUCCCCCUGACCAGGCUCAACACGCGGCAGAGAUCAUAUCUGACCUACUGAGGAGUGUCCAGGCUGGAGGACCCCCAGGUCAUGGUGGUGGUGGUGGUGGGGGCGGCGGCGGUAGAGGGCGUGGCCGUGGGCAGGGCAACUGGAACAUGGGGCCCCCUGGUGGCCUACAGGAGUUUACCUUCACAGUCCCAACAAUGAAGACCGGCCUCAUCAUUGGAAAAGGUGGUGAGACAAUCAAAGGCAUCAGCCAACAGUCCGGAGCCAGGAUCGAGCUACAGAGGAAUCCUCCACCCAACGCUGAUCCCAACAUCAAAAUGUUCACAGUCAGAGGCUCGCCACAACAGAUCGACUACGCCAGGCAGCUGGUGGAGGAGAAAAUCGGAGGACCAGUCACACCAAUGGGUGGCCCACAUGGUCCCCCAGGUCCACAUGGAGGCCCAGGCCCACAUGGUCCUCCUGGGCCACCUGGACCUCCCGGGGCUCCCAUGGGUCCAUACAACCCUGGACCAUAUAACCAGGGACCUCCAGGGCCACAUGGUCCACCCGCACCUUACCAGCCUCAGGGAUGGGGCAAUGGCUACCCACACUGGCAGCAGGGACAACCUGAUCCAAACGUUUCUGGUCCAGAUAAGGCAGCAGCUGAUGCCAAUGCAGCAGCGUGGGCAGCCUACUACGCUCAGUACGGACAACAGCCACAGACGCCCAUGACCCCAACAAGUGGCGCUCCCGGCACGGCUCAAAGCAAUGGCCAAGGUGACCCACAGGCUGCAGGUCAGAGUGGACAGGCAGAUUACUCCAAGGCCUGGGAGGAAUAUUACAAGAAAACCGGUCAGCAGAGUCAACAACCUCAGGACUACACGAAAGCCUGGGAGGAAUAUUACAAGAAGCAAGGUCAAGCGGCCCCUCAGGCCACUGCAGCAGCGGCAGCCACCCAGCCCGGAGGCCAGCCUGACUACAGCGCUGCCUGGGCGGAGUACUACCGGCAGCAGGCUGCAUACUAUGGUACCAACAGCCCUCAGGCGAUGGGUGCAGCACCACAAGCCCCUCAGGGCCAGUAAUGUGAAGCGGACAUAAAGUAAAUGCUACAUUGUCGAAACAAAAUCCUUUGUUAAAUGUUUGGAUGCAGACGCCUUGAUGAGGAUCUUAAAUUUCCUUGGUUUCAAAGUGUUUCACAGAGAUGGCAGAUUUCCCGGCGGACUUGUCCUCUUUUGUUUUUGUUUAUUUUUUCUUCUUGUAAAUGCUUUGUUUUUAGUGAGUUAAUUAUACAUAUGGUCAUUCCAGUCCUGUAUCUACAUUAAAUGUGGUUAGAACUCCUGUUUAUUGAACUGUUGACAUUACCUUGUAAAUCAUCUCAGUUUUAAAAAUGCUAUUGCCUGUUGUGUUUUUGCAAUAAAACAAACUGAAACCUCCUGUGUUGGUAAGUUGGGGUGGUUACAGAACCAGACGGGUGGGUUGCGUCAAUUUCUGUAAGUUGUUUUUACCUGAGGGGGAAGGGGGGGAGGGUUGAAGUUUAAACGCAGGCCUAGUGUGGGUUUCAUUGUUCAAAAUGGUCGACUCCAAGUUGUGCUGUCCUGUCUCUCUCCAACUGUCCAUAAGGCUCUUAGAUACAUUAUGUGCGUGCAGUGAUCCCGAGCGGUUCAGACCAACAAACGUCCUCUUGUAGAUUGACUAUUUUUAAUUAUCCACUUCCUGUUUUGUCAUUAGAAAGUUGACUGGCAUCUGUGUAUCGUAAACUCAUGCAUUUACCUGCGUUGCUGUGGCACUCUUGUUUUUAAAAAGUCUUUGCCUGGUUUGACCUUGUUGAGGUAGUAUGCUCUGUAUUUUGCCUUGAUAGACACUUCCUCCUCCUCCACAGGCGAGUUUAGAAAAGUGGUAAGCAAGUGUUUUUCUUAACAUGUUCCUCUGAAAACGUGGUUGCAAGAAAAUGCUGCAUUUUUUUUAGUGUUCUUAUAAACAUAUACAUAAAUAUAUAUAUAUUCUUGUGCUGUUCUUUUUCCAGGACAGUCAGGUAACUUGUAUGGAAAAUGCAUUGAAACGUUUGUCUUGCCCAUUCUCUCCAGUUGUGAUCUAACUCACAUGUAUAAAUUGUCUUUUUAUAAAAAAAUGUUUUUUUAAUAUAAAAACAUUGCAAAAGAAAACGUAUUUUUGCUGUGCCCAUUCUGUUAGUGUUUACCCAGUAUAAGAACGUAGAUGUUGUAGGGUCGGGGGUGGCUAAGCAGUCUUCAUCCAUCAGUUGAGCCCUCCUCUCCUGUAAGUACCAAACUGAUUUGAACUAUUGAGAGAAAAACGCCUAUUUUUGAUGCUUUACAAAACUUGAAGCGAUGUAGUACUUUUUUUGUCACAUAUUUCCAUCCCCCCCCCUCCAUGUGUUUGGGUAAGUAUGAAAUGUUCCGCGGAGAGGCUUAAGGACUUUGUAGAUGUUUGAUUCUCGUACCACAUGUUUCUGAGACUUGCCUUGUGUGACCGUUUUAACAUGACGUCUCUGACUCUUCACAGUCGUAGCGUGUUCUAGUCUCUGUGUAGGAAGUUGGAUUAUUUCUCUGAACUGAGGCUAGAAUGUCGGUGUUUAUAUCCACUGCCAGUGGAACUGUUUUAAGGAUGUCAUGUGGUUUUUACAUUUCUGACCUGCCAAGUGCCAUUGUCUAGUCGAGACUCCUGUUUUUUUACAAAAAUGCCAUUUAUUGCUGAUCGUCCCACUGCAUAUAUCCAGUGUAGCAUGCUUAGGUUUCUCAUCUGAUUUCUUCAAUGUCCUAUAUGAGCAUGUGGAAUGAUGCGAGUAGCGGAAGUGUUUCUCAGUAGCUCCGAUAUGAUGACAUUUAAUCUGCUGUUGAAAAAGGCUGUUGAUUUAUAUCUUUUUAAAAAGUCUAAAACAAUCUCUGCAUUGUUCACUGAUGGCAAACAGUGCGAUAUCUGAUCUUUGCAGUGUCGUCCCUGACCUUGCACCUUAGGUUCUGCCGCAAAAACACAGGUAAGCGAAACCUAAGGAAACCAGUGUUUCUGUUCAGUGACCAGUAUGACAUGUAAAGACAAAUGCUUACCUGUGUCGUUAACAUGCCUCCAAUGCAUUCAUGCUUAGCCGUAAAGAUAUUUCUGAAAGUCUGAACAGUCCAUAUUUUUUGAAGUAAGGAUGAUCUGCCUUCCUGAAUGAAAUGCAUGACGUGACUUGUAUGAUUGUGACAUGACGUUUUGACUUUUCAACAAAUCAGUAAAACGCUCUUUUGUAGAUUACCUGAGGAAAUAUCUUGUAAUUAUCGUAUGUGCUUAAUAUGAUGAUAGCCUUAUGUUUGCAUUCCCGGUAAGUCUGAUAGCGAUUUGUACAUUGAUGUAGUCAUCUCUCACCCUGGUGUAACAAACCGCAUGCAAUGCAAACCUGUUGCCAGUCGUUAGCCAUGUGCCGAGCUGUCAGAACGGUGAAAUACAUGAUGCUCCUUCAUUUUUUUAUCCUAUUCUCCUGUCGUGUUGUGAAUCUGCCCUGAACGUGCAGUGCAAAGUCUCUUAUUGAAACGCUGCUGCCUUCACUUCUCGCUCACAGUGUUGGAGGACGCUGCAGGCUUAGGUCGUAGAGUCAGGCCCUGUCGUAGUUUGCUUCCCCCCCCCCUACUCAAAAAGGAGGAAUCCUUUGAGUCAGUGCCACUGCUGAACGUAGACCGUUCGAGAGCUCCGGUGAUAAGGUAAAAGAACAAAACAAUAAACCCAGCAACGCAUUGAAAUUUUAAAAUUCUGUGAUUGCAAAAGUGUUGGUCAGAUUUCUGUUUUCCUGCUCGGAUUUGAUUUCUCUCUUUAAACCAUGCCAUAGUGUAUUUAGAGCUGUCUGUUGGUUUACUGCUUGAUUACUUGCAUUUAGUCACACUUAGCGAACAGGAAUGUGGGUUAGAGAGUUGGACGAGGACAGGAACUUAACACAUUUUCUAUAACAUAUGCACUGUUUCUACUGGGAGUAACAUUUGGGGUUUCUCUAGUUUUAAAAGGUCACAUAAUGUGUUUGAGGCUUUUCACUCUGUACAUGUCAGAUACUCAGUGUUUCAACACACAGUUGGAGUGGGUGUAGAAGACUAAACAAGGAGCAUGCCUUAGAGGUAAAGAGGUUUCAUGUGCUGUGUAUAUUCUAUUGGUUUGUUUUAUUAGUGAACUGUUCUGACUUUAACAUGUUGCCAUGUUCAUCAAUAAAGUUGUAUCAAAUAAA